AUGGGAUGGGCCGCGUAUGAUCGGGGGAUGGGUAAGCGGUCGACAGGUUUGGGUGAUGCGGGCAACGGGUAUCCGGCGGCGGUGCGCGAGUUGAUCGAGCGGUUGAGCGGGCUUCCGGGCAUCGGGAUCCGAUCGGCGGAGCGGCUCGCGUUUCAUAUUCUGAAGUCGGAGAAGGGCGAGGCGGUCGCGAUCGCGGAGGCGAUCCGCGCGGUGAAGGAAUCAGUCCGGCACUGCAGGGUGUGUUUCAAUCUGUCGGACGGCGAUGUGUGCGGGGUGUGCAGCGAUCCCAAGCGGGAUCGGUCGUUGGUGUGUGUGGUUGAGCAGCCGAAGGAUUUGAUUGCGCUGGAGCAGACGGGGAUGUACAAGGGGUUGUAUCACGUGCUGAUGGGGAGGUUGUCGCCGCUGGACGGGGUGGAGGCGGAGGAUCUGACGGUUGAUCAUUUGUUCAAUCGUUUGCAGCGAUCCCAGCAGGCGGGCGAUGGUGACGGGCGCGUGCGGAUUGAGGAAGUUGUGCUUGGUCUGAAUCCGACGCUGGAGGGGGACGGGACGGCGUUGUAUCUCGCGGACGCGCUGAGUAAGUAUGGGGUGAAGGUGACGCGGCUGGCGCGCGGGGUUCCGACGGGGAGCUCGCUGGAGUUUGCGAACAAGGCAGUGCUUGAGGUCGCGUUUGCGGAGACGACGGGGUAUGCCGCGGGGAUUGAGGUUGUUGGUCCUUAUGCGUAUGUCGCGGACUUUGCGGGGCUUGAGAUAUUCGAUAUCCGAGUUCCGGAGCGUCCGGUGAAGGUUGGUUCGCUAGUGCUUGAGGGCACGGCGAAUGAAGUGCGGGUUGUUGGUGGGAUGGCGUAUAUCGCUGGUGGGUUUGGUGGAUUGCAGAUUGUGGAUGUGCGUGAUCCCUCGUCGCCACUGCUUGUUGGGUUUCAUGACGGGCUCAAAGAGGUGAAGGGCAUCGACGUGGUUGGCAGCACGGCGUAUGUAUCGGGCUUUGGUGGAUUGCAGACCUUGGAUGUUUCGGAUCCGACGCAGCCUCGCUUGAUGGAUCAGUUCCGGAGUAGUGUGGAAGCUCCGUCGGUGCACGUGGUGGGGACGACGGCGUAUGUCGCGAGUCGCCGGGUUGGCUUGUUGAUUCUUGAUGUGAGUGAUCCAGAACAUAUUGGUCAUCUCGGGACGAUGGAUACUCCGGGCGAAGCGUUUGGUGUGCAUGUUGUUGGUACGACGGCGUAUGUUGCUGACAAGCUCUCGGGGCUGCAGAUUGUUGAUGUUUCAGACUCGGCGCAUCCGGAGCUGGUGGCGAGCGUGGAUACGGACGGGUUUGCGAUGGAUGUGCAUGUUGUGGGUAAUCGUGCGUAUGUUGCUGAUCUGGAGUCGGGUGUGGUUGUGGUUGAUGUCAAGCAUGCGGAUCACGCGGAGAUCGCUGGGAACUGCGACACGGUUGAUCGCGCGUUUGAUGUCGCGGUGCUUGAGGACGCGGUCUUUGUCGCGGAUGCGAAGGGUGGGCUUCGUGUGCUGAGUGUUGAGAAGUAG